AUGUCUCAUGUUUCGGCGCUCACCCGAACUCUCGAUGAUGGCGGCGUAGGCCGUUUUGACGCCUCGUACCUCCUUCAGCGAGUGGAGGCAGCAAUGCGUGUGCGGCUUGGGUCCAGCAAGGCGUUUGCGGUGGCUUGUAGUGAUAUGGGGCAGCUGUGGUCUGCCUUGGACUGUUCCGCGCUGGGAAGUGAUGAGCGCCGGGCGUUGCUGUGUCUCUGGCCAAAGUUUCUCAAGGAGGGCGCUCUUUUCAUGGCGGGUGAGGCACCCCUGUUGUGCGCGCGGGUGGUUUUGGAGCCACUUGUGGUGUCUGCUUCCUGCAGUGCGGUGGAGGAGGUCACCGCGAUCACGGCGGCGAACAACGCAUGCGUGGAGGAAAUUAUACAACGGUUUACCUCCGAGGUGCGCCAGCGAACGGCAAAUCUCUCGUCACUCAUUCCGCCAUUAGGGCUGCUGCGGGAAGUGACAAGGGUCAUUGAGCUUCUACAGGAGUACCACCUUGCAAGCGCCGCUGGAGCCUCUUCCCCCGACACAAUAAAGUUGGUCGAUGCAUACAAUUCCUUGGUCGAACGCUAUACCUCACUGCUUGUGGAAGAAGUGGCUUUCCCCAGCUACUGGAAUUUGGACUGGGAUAAAUCAUCAUUGGUUUUGCGUGUCAAUGGCGUGCACCCCACCAUCUAUUUUUGUUUCACUUCGUUGGUGCGUCUCGUGCAGCGGUGUGGGUAUCGCGUCCACAUGGUGGAUGAUUUUUCUUGUCGUCAGAUUGUUGCGCAUGUGUGGGAGAGCAGCGCCGUGGCCGUCGCCGCUGUUGCGGAGGAGAAGGAACUCAGUGAGACGCGAAAGCGGCAGCUAGAGGUGGACACCAUGCACUUGGUGCUUUUUGCCCGCAUGUUCCGCAAGUUCGUGGGUGAGCGCUUCUUCGACGCGGUUUCCUCCGGCCUGCUGCGGCUUCUCGAGGCGGUAGCGAGGCGUCGGCGCUCGGUCCCGGACGCACACCGAUCUCCUAAACCAAAUACUGACGCCUUUGAGAGGUAUAUUUGGAAUGUGCCCCCCAUUGAAGCUUCGGAAUGGGCUGGAGCCUUCGAUGCCAGCGACGGGAAGAAGCGGGAGAAGGCAAGCGCCUUCGUGCCCUGGAGCGAAGAGUUUAUUCGGGCGGCACACGUGAAGGCGGCGCAAAAGCCGCCCGAGGGUUGGCAGUAUGGUUCCUUUCAAAACAUCUGA